ACCUCUGUCCUUUAUGUUUUCUUACGUUUUGUUAAAGUAGAGGAAAAGGACAUUUCUCGUGAUCUGACGGAUUUUGUGCGUUAAUAUGGAUGGAAAGCACGACGUCAUGCUGGUACGAACCGUCUUUAGAUUUUCACAUCAGCUGAAAGUGCAUGGGUCAACAUUUACCAAGGACCUUGGUUCAUUCUUCCCUAAUUUGUCAAGUUGCACUUCCGUCUGCCUGCCUUGUGCAUCUUUUAACACGGCACGGGAUCCUGGUUAAUCGACGAAUCUACGUGAUUAUUUUGGAUCAUUCCAGUGAAGCGAUGAUGAACGGGAAAGGAAAGGAGGCGGUGAAGGCUGAAUAUUAGUGGAUACUGAUAUGACCAACUGCCCCUCUCUGAAUCCCAAAGGCUUUAUAUUCCAACCAGCAAAAUAUGAGGUGAUGUCUGCAUCUAAAAGGUGAUUGGCUCUUUUACCUGUAAGGUGGGAUUCCUAUCUACAUCCAUUGACCGUUGGCUGCAGCUGGGCAUUCUAAUUUCUCCCAUUCAUUUUAACAGAAGUGGCCUGUCUCUGCUAAAUACUCUCUGGUGCAACUUCAAGUGAACGCAUUUGUGGGAUGACAAGUGACCAUCACAUAAAUCUCGGAGCUUAAUCGUUGACAUCACAUAAGCUUUAAUUUCUGUUGAAGUUUUAGCUACUCAGAAAGUAUGGGGACGGUAGCUGAUGACAUCAGACAACUAUUAAAAGACUGUGAGUUGUUUGUCUUUGAGAUACUUCAGGAUGAGAAUCUCAGUGACGCAGCUCAUAAAUCAAGAGAAAUUCUGUUACGAAAUUUUUAUGUCAUCCAAAAGAGACAUCCACAAGAAUUUCCCCACAGAUUUGAAUCCAAUCGUGAGGAUAGUUCAGAUGACAACCAAAGCUCCAGUCUGGGACCCUCGGCCCCCUCAGAUGAUAUGUCAAUGGCCUCUGACUACCAGGAGGAAGGCGCCCCAGAGCUUUUUGAAGAGAUCCCUAUGGUGGCUGCACAGGACCUCAGUAACAUUCUAAAGCAAGGUUACCUGGAGAAGAAAAGACGGGAUCAUAGUUUCUUCAGCAUGGAAUGGCAAAAGCGAUGGUGUGUUCUGAACAACACCAUAUUUUAUUAUUUCGGGAGUGAGAAAGACAAGCAGCAGAAGGGCUCAUUUUAUAUCAAUGGCUACAGUGCAGAGCUGGUCCCCAGCUUACGCAAAGACUCCAAGAAGAAUUCAUGCUUCGAGAUGAGUGCUCCUGGAAGACGUUCUUACCAGUUUACCGCCAGCGGUCCCCAUGAGGCCAGGGAAUGGGUGGACCAGAUCAAUUUUGUUCUUAAGGAUCUGAGCUCUAACUUCAUCCCCUUUGAUGAUGAUGAGGACGAGGAGGUGGAAGAAGAGGAAGAAACAUAUGAUGACAUCGAACGAGCUACCACACCACCACCACCACGUUCUGGGCCAGCGCCUACACCAAUUCCAACCCCAAGUCUAGGACAACCCCCCCAAAGCACCUGUGAGGAAUGGAAGGAGCAAGCAAGGACUCAAGAAGAAGAAGAAGAGGAUGAAGAGGACAUUUAUGAGGUGCUUCCAGAUGAUGAAAAUUCUGACCAUGCUGAAGAGGGAAGUGAAAAAGCUGGUUCUUCAGAUUAUGCAAAUUAUUACCAAGGCUUGUGGGACUGUGAAACGGAUGGACCAGAUGAGUUGGCCUUCCAAAGAGGAGACAUUAUUUACAUCCUCAGCAAGGAAUAUAACAUCCAUGGAUGGUGGGUCGGGGAGCUGGAUGGUGCUGUUGGCAUAGUCCCAAAGGAAUUUUUACAUCCUGCCUAUAUUCUAUAAGAUCUGCUUUUUCUGAAGAUGUGUAGAAUUUCCAGCGUUAAAGUCAUCUUCCAAGGUUUUGGAAUCAGUUUUCCCCCCAGCUGAUCUAAAGUUUGUCAUUCAUGAGUUCAAUGGAGAAAUGUCAAUGAGUAGAUUGGAGCCAAUUGUAAAUUGCAUUUGUUCAUUUCUUGAAAGAGCUUACCUAAAAAUUACUCUAACCUUCUACCUGAGGCUAAAUCAUUUCCUUCCUUGGCCUUUUUAAAUUGUAUUUAGGCCUAUAUUGUUCUAUAUUUUAUAAAGUGUACACUAAGAGUGCUUAUAUAAAAGUGAUAUCAGUGGUCUGAUGUUCAUUCUUUGAAGGGAAAAAAAUUAUAAUUUGCCAACUUGCUGCAAAUGGUGUGCAGAAGAAAAAAACAUUUGAAAUAUGAGAAUUCCUUGGACGUUUCUGUCAUAUUCUUAAUCAUCUAUUGUCUGAUAAUUUGCUCUAAAGUAUGCGCCUCGUUUCAACAGCUCAAAUUAUUGCCUUGUAUUAUGUUCUCAUGCAGUUUGGAUAUGAAAACGUCUUAAACAGCCAUCUACUGGUUAUUUUUUCCUCUUGACUCUGCAUUUGUAGUUGCAAUUGUUUUGUUCAGUCAGUGAAUGUACUACUAGUUAAUUCAGCACUCUGCAAAAGCAACCUGUCAAACCACAGUUCUACUUUAAAGUGAUAGUUCACAAAAAUGCAAAUUAUCUCAUUUUCUCACCCUCCUGCCAUCCCCUAUGUGUAUGACUUACUUUUUUCUGCAGAAUACAAAGAUUUUUAGAAGAAUAGCUCAGCCCUGUUGGUCCUUUCAAUGCAAGUAAAUGGUGACCAGACCUUUCAAGCUAAAAAAAAAAAAAAUAAUAAAAAAAAAAAAAAAUCACAUUAAGGCACCAUAAAAGCAACCCAUAAGACUCCAGCUUAAUAUUUGUUUUCUGAAAUUAUGCAAUUGCUUCAGAUGAGAAACAGAUCAACAUUUAAAACCUUACUA